GUCCCCAUUCCGGAUUUGGCUGGAAGGAAGGAGAUAUUUGAUUAUUACCUGGGCAAGAUCAAAGUUGGCAAUGAUGUUGAUGUGAAUGUUCUCUCGAGAGGAACAACGGGUUUCACAGGUGCUGAUAUAAAAAAUGUAACCAAUCAAGCAGCACUAAGGGCAGCAGCUGAUCAGGUAGAUUCGGUCUCCAUGAAGCAUUUGGAAGCAGCGAGAGAUAAAGUACUGAUGGGUCCAGAGAAGAAGUCGCGUAUCCCAGAUGAGGAAGCCAACCUUGUCACUGCAUACCAUGAAGGCGGUCAUGCGCUGGUAGCCCAUUAUACCAAGGACUCACAUCCACUUCACAAGGUCACAAUCAUUCCCAGAGGCCCAUCGCUUGGACAUACUGCCUAUAUCCCUGCUAAGGAGCAGUACCACAUGACGAGAAGUCAGAUGCUUGCAACCAUGGAUUCCCUCAUGGGAGGCCGAGCAGCAGAGGAACUCAUUUUUGGAACAGACUUUAUUACAUCUGGGGCAUCUUCUGAUCUAAAACAAGCCACAAGCAUUGCCACGCACAUGGUGAAGGACCUCGGCAUGAGCGAUCGUGUGGGCUUGAGGACCUUUGAAGACAACUCUGGCCAGCUGAUCAGCACUGGAGACUCCCUUGGCCAGUCCACUAAGGAAUCCAUAGACCAUGAAAUUAAAAAAUUACUACAGGACUCGUACGAGCGUGCCAAAUCCAUUCUCAAAGCCCAUGCCAAGGAGCACAAAGCCCUUGCUGAGUCCCUCAUGAAGUAUGAGACUCUAGAUGCUGAUGACAUCAAGGCCAUCCUGGAUGGACGACCAGUGGCUAAGGACUUGUAGUUUGGGGUUAGGCUUAGGAUGCCUUAUUGUAACAAAGCCAGUCAUGUCAUAUUCAUCACAUUAUGACAAGAAAAAUAUCAAAGCUGUUGUUUUUGAUUUAUUUAAAGUGCAAGUAUCAUGAAGGAUAUUUAGUUUUAUGCAUUUCUAGAUUUUUAAAAAUAAUCCCAAGAUGAUAUAUAAAUUCUGGCAUAAGCAGUUUCUUUGGCGGUAGUACAUUUCGAAGAUGUGUGACAUUUGGAAAUAUUUUUACUUUGCUAGUAAGUCAUGGUAUUAGCAUCACAUUUAACUUUUUCAUUGCCAUUCACUGUUCAUCUCCCAUGUCAUGAUUUCAGGGUGAUCAUAGCAACACAGGGUAGAUAGUAGGUUUGUAAUGAGUUAGGUAAUAUCUAUGAGGGAGUUAGAGCUCAGGACCUAUAUUGUCAUAGUGAGAACUCCUUAUUUGUCAUCUUGUGAAUUAAAGUACAAUAACAUUUGAAAAUGACUAUAUGGUAUAUUUCCUUUUGUAUAUUUUCUUUCCUAAAUAAUUGAUUUUUUUUAAAGUGAAGAAAACUCUGUGAAUGUCAAAAAUAGACUGUGUUUUCAUUUUCAUUUUUCUCUCCGUAUAAAAUGAAGGACAUCAAGUAUGUCAAGUAUGUUGCAUAAUAUCACUUGCUCCAACCUUGCUCCUUUCAUACUUUCUUGAUAUGGAACAAAUUAUCAAACAAGGUGCUGAUUCUAGGAGAAGACAGUUGCCAGGAUGAUCAAUCCUUUCUGUAAACUUUCCAAUGAAUGCAUAAUUAGGGGAAAAUGUCACAUUGUGAUUCUGUAAAGUAACUGGUAUAAUUUUCACAUAACACAGACUGUGGGAUGAUUUUAGUUUUGCACAGAUGAAUGUGUGAAUUUUUGUGUGUGGUUUCAUUUUAUUGAUCUGCAUUUGGAUGUGACCAUUUUCAGUUUUCAUCACAUGAUACUAAAUUGUGAAUCUCUGCUCUGGAUAUGUAAUAAAUCCCACUGAUUGCUGUGGUCUGUGGAAGAAGUCAUUCUCACUUUGAUAUAUUUUGCUGUGUAACUUUCACAUCUUGGUGAAUAAUAACUUAGUGAUGUGUAGACAUUUUGCUGAAUUAAACUUAAAUUGGGAAGGAAUCCUCCUGAGGCAUGUGUCCAUUAGUAAAGAUUUCCCCCCUCUUUGAUAUUCCAUUGGUAUUUCAACUAUUAUUUAUGUAUUCAUUAAGUAUUACUACUGGUAUUAUGAUUAUCCCAAUGACAGUGAUGGUUAUGAUACCACUUGGUAUAAUUAGAUGAAAAAUUUUUUUUUUUCAUAAGCUGUUGUAAGGUUGUACUUAAGGCUGAGUGUCUCCACUCUUCAGCCUCAUUAGAAAGUGAUGGACAGAAUUCUUAGCAGUGAUCUUGAAGUACUAUGAUUAAUUUUCACUGUCAAGAAGGAAAUAAAGCAGCUGUCAUUAUGCACCUUUAAGAUAAAAAACUAUCUUGCCUGUAUCUUUGCCAUGAACUUUGGCUCACUUUCUCAUCAGUACUUUCAGUGUUCAUUCAUUGUCAUCAUUACAUAUUUCACAUUAUUUUCAGAAGGUAGGGUAGGUGUAGAGAUUUUAUCAAUAUAUAGAAGAAAGUAGAUUAUUGAUUCAAUAUGGGUGCAUUUUUGUGGAAAGAAGUUUACUUUGUACAUUUCAUGCAUGAGCAUUUUCUCAUGUGGAUAGACUUCUUUUUCUUUGUCUGUCCUUUAGAUUCUCAUUUGUGAAGUACAUUUUUUGAGCAUAGAAAUAAAGGAUUGUAUUUUUUUGUUUUGUUUUUUGUUUUCCUAGUGCUAGUCAUAUAACCUGAUGCCGCUGGGGGUGGCAUAUAGACAAAUGCUAUGCCCACCAUUUAGUUUAUUAAUUGUCUUUACAUGUAGAUGGUUCCACAGUGAGUCAAUUAUUAGUACUAUCUAUCUCACCUAUUUAACCCUUUUCCUUGAUUUUCAAAAAUAUUUUCUGGUAUCUUCUAUUGAUUUUGUAAUGUCAUUAACAUUAUAAUAAUUAUAAUGUCAGUAAUAGUAAUAAAAGCUUUGAUAUUUAUAGCAUUAGUUAAAAAAAAAAGUUUUCCUGCAAACUCAAGGAAUGGUGAAAUCAGAUGACAUCACAAGGUCUACUAAUUGACUCUUUAGUGGCCAAGCACUUGUGGAGUCAUAUGUACGGAGACAUUUCACAAAACAAUACUAUGGUAAACACUACAUUUUCCUGGCGACAUGGGUUUAAAUUGUAUGUUACUUUAAUAAAACUGUAAAACAACAAUUAGCAAAAGGUUACUUUAUAUUUGUGCUCAGUCUGUUGUAUGUUUUUAGGUUAAGUUACUAUUGAUUUUUGGCAAAGUUUAAAAGGUUGCUCCCACCUAUGGAGACUGUAUGUGUAUUCUCUAUAAUUAUUUUUUUCCUCAACAUUAUAAACUAACUGAAUAUUUGGAUAAUUAAAUCACAACAGCAGUGUUCUAUUUCUCUACUGUAUUAGAAUAAAAAUCCCAAACACA